UUGCGAUUCGAACAACGAAAUAUUGUCGCGUAAGAAAUGGAUCCCAGCUUUCCACACAAUUUUCAAUUGUAAGAUACGGAACACAGACGAUUAUUGUGCAAAAAUGGCCGCUGUAGAAGCACCGAUGCCGGGGUUUUCGUUUGAAAAUUGCCAGAGGAACAAGUUCCUUGAGAAGAUGGGAUAUAAAACACCCACUGCAUACAAAACUGGAACAACUAUUGCUGGCAUCAUAUACAAGGAUGGGGUGGUGCUGGGAGCCGACACGAGGGCCACUGAGGACACCGUGGUAGCUGACAAGAACUGCAGCAAAAUCCACUACCUCGCUGACAACAUGUAUUGUUGUGGUGCUGGUACCGCUGCGGACACAGAGAUGACUACUCAGAUGAUUGCCUCCCAGCUGGAGCUGCACAAGCUGAACACCGGCCGCACACCCAGGGUGACCACCGCCAAUAGGCUCCUCAAGCAGAUGCUGUUCAGAUACCAGGGCCACAUCAGUGCGGCUCUCGUGCUGGGAGGGGUUGACGUGACAGGUCCUCACUUGUACAGCAUACACCCCCACGGCUCCACAGACAAACUGCCCUAUGUAACCAUGGGAUCUGGAUCUCUUGCUGCCAUGGCAACAUUUGAAGACAGAUUUAAACCUAACAUGGAGAAAGCAGAAGCCAUGAAGUUGGUGAGAGAUGCUAUUGCUGCAGGUAUCUUCAAUGACCUUGGCUCAGGGUCAAAUGUUGACCUUUGUGUAAUCACCAAGGACAAGGUUGAAUACUUGCGACCUUUUGACGAGGCCAACAUUAAGGGGAAAAGGGAGGGCAACUACGGCUUCAAGCGAGGCACGACUGCCAUUCUAUCCACGGAGGUGAAGAAGAUUCCAUUUGACAUCGUAUCCACUCAGGUUGUCACUAGCAGGUCUGAUUCUGCAAUGGACACCGCUUGAGUGAAUAGGAGUUUAUAGACUUUGUUCUACACAUUUCAAAUGUACAGCAGUUUUAUUUCACAUGUGUAAUACUUUUGUUUCAUCUGUGAUUUUGAACACUAUGGGAACAGCGUGGUCAUUCUUGUUGAUCAGUAGCAAUGGGAGUGCUUUAAAUUGUGCUAUUUUUUGAGUACUGAUAUACAAACUUUUUAAACUAAUUGUUUGUGAGUUAGUCUCGACUAAUUUUGUUUAAGACUGGAAUUAAAAAAAAUCUAUGAAAUUAUCACUCCAUAAAUAAAACUCUGAAUGUUU